UCACAAAGUCCUUUACCAAGUUGCUGGGACUGUCAAACAUUCCACAGUCGUGAUUGGUCGUGAUUGGUUGCAUACAGUUCUCCUCAAGGCGCGAGUAGGUAUCCGAGGCACCAGGACUUGAUGAAGCAACCACUCGUUUAUAUCAGGCCUGGCCUCCCUCAUACCUCGACUCUUCGUUGAGACACCCUUGAAUCGCCCUGUUUUACGUUUUGUUUUGUUUUUUUAGUUGGAAGCGAGCGCAGUCCGCACAACCCGAAAAUGGCUCGGUCAGACUUUAUGCAAAGAGACUCGCAGAUAUUCACGAAGCAUCUGAGGCGGACACUCUCAGCGCGCAAGACGCAGCAAGACGGAAAUUCGAGUAGCAGGAGACGGUAUUCGAAGAGUUGGUUCUCGUCCUCAAGGAACCCUCUGUUCUCUAAGAAGUAUAAGGGUACGGUUGGUAGCGAAGCGAUCCCCGAAGACUUGAAAGAUGAUACCCCCACGCAACCGCUGCAUCAGUUUCACUACUUCUCGCAACUACCCCCCGAGAUCCGCGAGCAGAUCUAUCGGGAGUUCUGGGCAGUCGCUGGCGUUAAAAGACAUAUGUUCCUCCACAAGCACAAGAUCACUUACUCUCCGUGUAUCACGGAUCAUACGGCGCCGGAUGAGAGGCAGAUUGGGGUGGCCAAGGCUUUCGAGGAAUCCGGCAGCGACGCGGAGGUGCAGCUGCAUCCGGAGUGGUACAACAGGAUGACUUCGAAAUGGUGCAAUCACUGGAGAUGCGAGAGGUUGUGGGAAGACGUGCGAGACGGCAGGAAGAUUGACGAGCAUAAGACGCAGUCUUACAUGUCUCUCCUUCUCUCUUGCAAAUGGAUAUACCAGGAAUGUCAUUCGACCCUCAAGGAGUACAAUACCCUCACAAUCACAGACGGAAAAACCCUUCAGCGCAUCUUCCAGGCUCCGCCGACUGCCUACCUGCAUGAGGCGACGUACAUCAACAUCUCGCUCCGCGAAGACAGCGGCAGCUGGCUUUACCUCAACGGCGGGUCCUUAUGGCACAUACUCUCGGAGCGCUGCUGCAAGAUGAUACGCACCUAUCUCUGGCUCGACGCCGAAUGCCCCGUCACGCGCCGGCUGCUGACCGAGUACCGCGAGCUGUUCAGAGAGGUGCCGUCCGCCAUGGCGCGGCGGCUGACGAUCGACCUGCCCUGCGACGCGCACGACGGCUUCUGGGCGUGGGACGAGGUCGAGAUGGAGAAAAAGCAGGGCAGUGCCAGCGGUUACCCUGACCAUGGGACGGAGUGGCUGACACCGCUGGUGCCCGAGUUCGCGGUCGUCGCGCGGGGGCGGCAGAGGUUCAACGAGACGUCCGGAGGGUACGUGAGCAGCGCAGACCAGGGGCGGCCGAAGCGGAGGGUCCUGCGGGCGAGUAACCCGUUUGAGGACGUUUUGCUGUACGGGAGGGAGUUUCUGGAAACUGCGCACGCCUGGAGGGGAGAGGAUAUGAAGAAACCGAUCAACGCGAUUACGACGUGACCUUUUUCAAGCGAGGGAGAGCCAUUGCCGGGACAUUUUGGUGUUUGUGGCGCUGCAUCAGCUCAAUGACGGAAUCUAUGAGGACAGGACGAGGCUCGACGCCGGCCACUAGACGAUGCGCGUGCGCGCGGGAGGCCUUCUCG